ACCGGAAACAGUCUCUACUUUCGGUUUUGCUUUUUUUUCUGGGAUUGGGAACGAAAAAAAAUAAAUGAAAGAGAUACAAAACAAAAAACUGAAAGAUGAGGUGCUCACGCACCGGCUGUGGUAAAGAGGGUGAUGGUAAAUUCUGUGACGAAUGUGGAGCCAAGAUGGUUGAUGAGAGGAUGGACACUGUUGUUAUUUGUAGUGGUAAACUUGAAGAUGACUCACCAUGUGGAGCAGAGCUGGAGCCGAGUCAGAAGUUCUGUAAAAACUGUGGGGUCAAAGUUGAUCAGUCACUGUUUUCAAGUUUGCAAGACACAUGUCCUAAUUGUGGUAAAGUUCUUGAGCAGGAAGCGAAGUUUUGUAUGGAGUGUGGACAUAGACUGAAAAAGCCAGUAGGAGGUCAACAUUCAUCUGUUAUGAAAGAAGUGGAAUCUUCUGGAAGAGUUGAUAAAACUGGCAUGGAAUCACUGGCGGAGAGAAAAGAAAACAAUUUAGUAGUGAAAAAUGAUGCAGUCCUUUCAGCAGGUUCCAAAGAUGGAGAUGGUGAUAAUAUCAUGAAGGGAGAAAAAAAUAUAGAUGCAGAAAGGAAAGAAAAUAGAAGUUUGACAGAGGAAAGUGGUGGCCAUUCUGAAAAGAGAGAAGAAAAUGAGGAUAAUAAUAUUAAACCUGACAGUAGUGGAUCAGAGAACUCUGAUAAAUCACAUUCAGAAAUGACUUACAUCUCCAAUGCUGCUUCAGUGAACACUGAAGCAGCUCAGGCAACAGAAAAUAAGUCAUAUUCAAAACUGGAGGAUGAUGCUGGAAUGGCAGUCAAUGAGAGUGAUAUUUCUACUGAAAAUGGAGAAGAACAAGCUGAAAUUUCAAAGAAUGAUAUUGGAAACAUUAGCAUAAUUCAUGAAAACUCAAAGACUGACUUGUCUGAACAACUGGAAGAAGUCCAUAUUGGCAAAGAUAAGCCAGGAAAUCUAAACAUUGUAGAUAGUACAAAAACUGACAGCAAUGACGAGAAUAAGAAGAAAGACAUGAGAACAACUAGUGCUGAGGCCAAAGUUGGAGAAGAUGAAGAAGACACUAUGGAAGUACAGAGUUAUGGAAAUGGCCAGGUAAAACGAAGUAAGAGCCAGAAAGAGAAUGAGAAGAAAAGAAAACAAGAGACUGAAGAAACCAGACUUGACAAAGAUCGGGAAGUAAAUGCCGAAGAAAUAAGCGAAGGACCAGAACUAACUGCAAGCAAUGAAUCUGUUGCAGAAGAUUCAAAUGAUAAGUCUAAAGCAACAGACAAGACUGAGAAAUGUGAGAAUAAAAAUAAAGAUACAAAUGCAAGAGAAAAGAUGGACAGCAAAAACAGUAGUGGAACUGAAAUUACCAUUCCUGAGCAAUCAGGAAUGGUAUUUGGUUCUGGAAGAUCAUUUGGCAUGAAUGAGAUGGGAGGAAACUAUGAAGUGAAAACACCAUAUGGAAAUAACCUGUUUACAUUAAGCAACAAACCAAGCACAGGUGGUGGUUUGGAUGAUGAACAAGUCAGAGGAGAUGAUAAUGUAAACAAUAAUGAGGCAUUGUCACCUCCAGAUAAUGACAUGGCUGCUGAAGAUACUGUAAUUUACUCAAAUGACUUUACAGAGAGUAAUGGACAAACAGAUAAGGAAGGAACUGACGUUGAUAAACCUGCAGGGAUGGAAACAAGAAGUAAAGCAAAGGCAAAAGUUGCUGAAGAGAAUAAAGCAAAUAAGCAGCAGUCAAAGAAGCCAUCAAAAACAGAGGAUAAACAACUUAAAGCUGCUGAAAGGAAAUUUAAUGAGAAGUGUAUAAAAAUUCAGUUUCAUGUUUUGACAAGUGAAGAGUUCAGGUUUGAACCUUCAAAAGACAAAUGUAUAUUAGUCAUGGGCAACAAGGAAAUGGGAGGCUGGAAAAAAAAGGAUCGCUUAAUGAGAGAAAAAAGGAAAAUUGAGGGAUUUAUCUAUGAGAUGGUCUAUGAAGAAAUGAUUCCAACACGCCUUGUAGCAGGAGGCUCUUCAAUACCCUACAAAUACGUAAUAAUCAAACAAGAUAAACCAGAGAAGGAAUACUGGGAUCAUUAUAUGAAAAAUUACAAAACAGGAGAAGGCUAUGACAGGGAUCUUACAGUGUCUUUGAAGUUGAAAAGCAUAG